AUGACUGAAUCUUUGGAAAAGAAAGAAUCAACCUUUCAACCAACUACAAGUAUUGCGAAAGGUGAGAUUCACAAUAUUUUGUCAAAUAGGCUCCAUUAUCAAGCUACGACCAACUUAGAUGCUUUAGCAGCUGCAGAUGAUAAACAAGCCGCUAGACUUUUGAAAGAAGCUCAAGCAAAUUUAGAAUUAGCUGCAGAAACUGGGUAUACUCCAGAACUUAGAAGAAACUUUAGUAUUGUGUCAUUGUUAGGUAUUGGGUUUGGUAUUACCAAUAGUUGGUUUGGUAUUUCUGGGUCCUUGGUUGCUGGGAUUAGUUCCGGUGGCCCAAUGAUGAUUAUUUACGGGAUUAUAAUCGUGGCCUUUUUCUCCACAUUCAUUGGUGUUACUCUUUCCGAACUUGCUUCUGCUUACCCUAAUGCUGCAGCACAGAUUUAUUGGGCGCAAAAAUUAGCUCCACCAAAGUACUCAAGAAUUAGUGCUUAUUUCACUGGUAUUUUACUGUCUGCUGGUAGUAUUUUUACAACUGCAAGUGUCAACAUCACCAUUGCUACUAUUAUUCUUGGAAUGUAUGUUCUUCAUCAUCCUGAACAUGUUAUACAAAGAUGGCAAGUCUUUAUUGUCUAUGAAAUAAUCACCUUUUUCUUGUAUUUGUUCAAUAUUUAUGAAAAACCAUUACCAUGGAUCUCCAAAGCUGCUCUAUUUGUUUCACUUUUAUCAUUCGUUAUUAUAAUCAUUGCUGUUCCGUCAAUGCACAAGGGUGAUUUCCAAUCAGCACAUUUUGUAUUUGUUGAAUUCAGUAACGGAACAGGCUGGUCCUCAUCCGGAAUUGCAUUCAUUGUUGGUUUGAUUAAUCCAAAUUGGAGUUUCUCUUGUCUUGAUGCCGCUACCCAUAUUGCUGAAGAAAGUUUAACACCUGAAAUGGAUAUACCUAAAGCCAUUCUUGGUACUGUUGCAAUUGGUUUAGUCACAUCCUUAACUUAUUCUAUUGCAAUGUUUUUCUCAAUUAAAAAUUUGGAUGAUAUAUACAACUCAACUACUGGUGUUCCAAUCAUGGAUAUAUUCUACCAAGCCACUGAAUCCAAGGCUGCUGCUAUUGGUUUAGAAUUUCUUAUUCUUUUAACUGCUUGUUUAUGUUCUAUUCAAUGUCUGGUAUGGGCAUCACGUAUUGUGUGGAGUUUCUCAAGAGAUAACGGAUUACCAUUAUCCAAACUUUGGGCUAAAGUGGAUUCUAGAACCGGGAAUCUUGUUAAUGCUCAUACCAUGGCUACUUUCUGGGUCGCAGUAAUUGGUUGUAUUUAUUUGGGAUCUACUACUGCUUUCAAUUCAAUUUUAGUUUCUUGUGUUACAUUUCUUUUACUUUCAUAUUUGAUUCCAACUGCAUUCUUAGUGUUCAAAAGAAACGAAAUCAAGCAUGGUCCAUUUUGGUUGCAUGGUUUUGGUUUGAUAUCAAAUAUCGGUUUAAUUUGUUGGGCAAUUUUUGCCUUUGUUUUCUAUAAUUUUCCAGCAGUAAUGCCUGUUACAGGAAGUAAUAUGAACUAUUCUUCUGUGGUAUUUGGUGUUUGUGCUAUUGGUGCCGUAUGCGAUUGGAUUUUUAGAGGAAGAAAAGAAUAUGUUUCCCUUGAAGACAGAGAAAAAUUGAAGGAUGAAUUGGCGCUGCAAGUUUCUAACCAAAUCACAAACAUUCAAUCUAUAGUGUCCAAUAGGCAAUUAAAUUAA